UUGAUACUAUGAUUACAGGAUGAUGAGUGCGAUCCAGAUGGCUGACCAGCAUCUUGGAAAACCGGUUGUAUUUGACCUACGGGAACAGUGUCCGUCUAUCAAGGAUGUCCAGCAGAGUUUUGAGAAGUUCAAAGAGUUGUGCCUUAUUGAGACAAAAAAGGAUUUCCUGGUGCAGGACUCGAGUUGGAUGUCCCGACUGGAUGACACGGAAUGGCUGCAUCAGGUACGUCACUGUCUGCAGUGUGCCAGAGAGGUGGCGGACACACUACACAACAAGAAGCGCACCGCCAUCAUCAAAGAGGGUGACGGCCGGCACUUCACCUGUUUAGUGCCCAGUCUCGUCCAGGUGAUGUUGAAUCCCCAGUGUCGUACGCAGAACGGUCUGCAGGCACUCAUACAACGUGAAUGGGUGGCCAUGGGCUACCCUUUCCAGCGUAACGGAGGCCUCAUCAUACAGGAUGGGGGCGAGGAGGUUCCACUCUUCCUGUUGUUUCUGGACUGUGUGUGGCAGAUAUCGCAGCAGUUUCCGUCUGCCUUCUCCGUGUCGGAGACGUACCUGACAACAGUCUGGGACUGUGCUAGUACGGGGUUGUUUGAGACAUUUUUGUUCGAUUCCAUUCACCAGCAAACACGUUUUAAUAGUGAAGGUCGCUGUAUGCGACGGUUUCGUCUGCCACCAGUUUGGGAGUGGUCACGACAGUUCAGCAGUAACGACCAACUCGUAUUUAACAACCCAUUAUACCUCAUGAAGUGCAAUGUGAACUUGAAAAAAGCAAUCAAGGAAUCUAAAAGAAAGGUGCUGUCUACUUGUCGGAAAAUGGACCGUAACGAGUUGUAUGCAUACAAAUUAAAUCAUAUGUACACUGAUGAAACUGAGGAUGAGGACAUGAAUGUGAUUCUGCCGGAGUACAGUGCCCCUGUGAUAAAGCUGUGGACCCAGUGCUACGUACGCUGGCAGGCUCCAGCGCAAAUCAUAGGGGGAGGUAACCCAUCCCAGUACCUCCAGCAGUGCCUCAUUGUCGAGGAAGUAAUCCAUCUACAACAUCGUCUUGAACUUCUACAAAUGAAUUCUCAACGACGCACCGUUGUGGCACGGCGACCUCAGAGUGACCUGAUUUUCAGCGUCGAUAUGGAUCUGCCAACGUCAUCAGAGUUUCUCACAAAUAUGGUCCUGUCUUCUUCAUUCCCGUUUUCUUCUGGUCCGUCCAAAGAGGAUCAACAACUCCUGUUAACGCCCAUCAGUGCGUAUCUAGAAAACAGCGCCAUAGACUACGACUAUAGAAAUACUGAUGAUUGAUAAGAUUACUACCUUGCACUUUGACCUUGAUGUAACCACAACACACAGCACCAUUAACUGUGACUUCAGAACAUACUGGCAGUCACAGGCACUCAAAGUUCAAAGACAGAAAAACAGAUGUAACAGAAGUAUAAUUUUAAUUUUAAUUUUUUUACCUGUGUUUAUAGUGUCUAAGGGAGUCUAGGCCAGGCUUAGUGUCUGAGGGAGUCUAGGCCAGGCUUAGUAUCUGAGGGAGUCUAGGCCAGGCUUAGUAUCUGAGGGAGUCUAGGCCAGGGUUAGUGUCUGAGAGAGUCUAGGCCAGGGUUAGUGUCUGAGGGAUUCUAGGCCAGGGUUAGUGUCUGAGGGAGUCUAGGCCAGGGUUAGUGUCUGAGGGAGUCUAGGCCAGGGUUAGUGUCUGAGAGAGUCUAGGCCAGGGUUAGUGUCUAAGGGAGUCUAUGCCAGGGUUAGUGUCUGAGGGAGUCUAGGCCAGGGUUAGUGUCUGAGGGAGUCUAGGCCAGGGUUAGUGUUUGAGAGAGUCUAGGCCAGGGUUAGUGUCUAAGGGAGUAGGCCAGGCUUAGUGUCUGAGGGAGUCUAGGCCAGGGUUAGUGUUUGAUGGAGUCUAUGCUAGGGUUAGUGUCUGAGGUAGUCUAGGCCAGGGUUAGUGUUAGUGAACCAACUGUUUUCAACAAUGGGAAGACACCCAAAAGUGUAAAAUAUAUUUGAUAACUUAG